AUGUCUUCGCGUAAGCCUCGCAAGGGCUCUGCAUGGGCCCCAGACUCGACCGAGGCACUUUUCGACGAUGGUGUUAGCGACGACCACAGUCGAGAGCGAUGGAAGCGAGCUGUACAGACCCAAGAAGAGCAGCAGACUCUGCUGCAUCGCACCGUCGUGGUUUCCAAACGACAAAACCUCGAGCUGCAGUACGAACGAAUUGCCAAACAGCGAGCCUUUAUCCGCCGUGAGAAGCGAAAAUUGUUGCUUCAACACGCUCUGCUGACCUCCGAGCGCGAACGCUUCGAUGCCUCGCGUUCCUCCGACUGGUUCUGUCUCUCCUCGUUCCCCGCAGCAAGUGAUCGUCGCGUGACUGUCGAUGUCGGUGGCCAACUCUUUGAGCUCUCAGCAGCAGUGGCGUUGAAAGACUCAGCGUCGUUACUCGCUGCUUUCGUCCAGGACGAUUCACCCCUCAGCGGCGCUGAAAGUGGCUGCUUUCGCGUGGAUCGAGACUGGAGUCUAUUCCGCCACAUCCUACGCUUCCUACGCGAUGGAUUCUUGCCAUCCGACCCAAAACUGCUGCGUGACUUGUACGUGGAGAGCGAGUUUUGGCGCUUUGAGUCGUUGCUGAAAGCCAUAGAAGCCAGGAACUUGGAGCUGUGGAAGCUCAACCAAAACUCGAAAUGCUCAACGAAAGACACGAAGAAAGAGACGAGGGAUUCAAGUGAAUGGUGGCUGGAUCCGCCGUCAUGGUGGGGGACUGCUGGUAGUAGUUGCAAGACCAAAGAGAAGAGGCCUCAGACGACUCUGAACGCCUUCAAGAAGAGCGUCAAGACGACCCCCAAGGUGAAUAAGGGAGGCAAGGACAGUGAUGAAGAAAGUGAAGCGUGGUGGAGGAACUCCAAGUACAAAGGCACCGAUUACAUGGACAUCCUCGUGAGAGAUACGACCGUCCACGACGACGUCUGGACCCCGCGUAGUCCACUACUUACGAAUCACACCUGGGAGGCUUCAAUGACCCCCAAGAAGUAA